GUAAAGUUAAAGUUGGUUAAAGAGUUAAAGAAUAAAGACUGUCGUGUAUGGAAAAAGAAAAAAGAGUCAGUUCCUCAGAGCUCUAAUUUGAAGCUUUGAGACUAAGUAAUGGUCCUCUCAAUCCGGCGUUAGAUUUCCAAGUAUCUUUGCUCUUUGAUUGAGAAACUUGUUUUUGGUUAUGGAUUAUGACUCGGAUGAUGCUGGAUCACUCAAAUCGGAUGGAACUAAUUAUCUACUAUGGUCAUAUAUGAUGCGUAAUUUCGAGAUUGAAGGAGAACUGUGGGACUAUGUAAGUGGGUUAGCGACUCGUCCUGACCCCAAAAAUAAAAAUUACUUAAACUUGAUUAAGCAUUGGGAAUCUAUGAAUGCAACAGCACGGUCAAUUAUCGACUUGUAUGUUGAUCGUUCCCUUAAGAAACUUUUGGCUAAUAUAAACUCUGCCAAGGAUGCAUGGGACUACUUGUUAUGGUUGUAUGCCCAACAUGAUGAGUCGAAUUUGGCUAAAAAGUAUCGGUUGGAGAGGGAAAUUGAGGCUGUGAAACAAAGUAGUUUUCCCCUUACUGGAUUAUAUUGUUUUUUGCAAUGUUAUUGGCAGCAAUUAGAUGAGAUGGAGCCAAAGGAAUUGAGUGAUUUAGAGAGUUACAAGAAAUACCAUGAAGAGUCUCGGCUGGUUCAGCUUCUCAUGGCUUUACCAGAUACAUUUGAUGAGGAUAUUAGAAAGUCUAUGCUGGAACGUUCCCCUCUACCAACUGUUUCUGAAGCUGUGCAAGAGUUGCUAUUUGUGGAGCAUAGACUAACAUAUGAUAAAUUUUCAUCUCUAUCAUUACAUGACAGAGAUUUUCCUGCCAAGAAGAUGAACAAUGAUCAGACAAAGAGAAGCAAUAGAGGUCAAAAGGAUUCGCCCCAAUUUGGUGGAUGUCAGCCAUCUAUCCAGGAUCCUAUCCAGCAGUCAGACAAAGACUAUCAGCCAUCUUCCUCUUCGUCUAGGCUUGCAUCAUCCUUGACGCCAGAUAACAAUCAACCUUUUCUCUCCACUGACCAGUUCCGAUCCAUGAUUAACAUUAUGAAUCAAGUGGAAUCUGAUUUUUUUGGUCGAUCUCCACUAGAGAGUGGCAUGUAUCUGCCUCCUGCAAGAAAAGGUUUGUUAGUCCAGGAUCCUAUCCAGCAGUCAGACAAAGACUAUCGGCCAUAUUUCUCUUUGUCGAGGCUUGCAUCAUCUUUGACACCAGAUAACAAUCAACCUGCUCUCUCUACUGACCAGUGUGAUCUUCAUAAAUCCAUAUUUAAGUCUCAACUGGAAUCUGAGCUUUCUGGUCAAUCUCCACUAGAAUGUGGCAUAUAUGUGCCUCCGUUCAGAAGAGAGAGAAAUUGUUUGAGCAUGGUUUCAAGUUCAGUGAAAAUUCUGAGUUACAAUGUGUGGUUCGGAGAUGUGGAGAUACAAAAGAGGAUGGAGGCUCUUGGUGAACUUAUUCAAUUGCAUUCUCCUGAUGUCAUUUGUUUCCAGGAGAUUACACUUGAUAUAUAUGACAUUUUUAAGGCAUCAAGCUGGUGGAACACAUAUAAUUGCUCAGUUUCAGAUCAAAUGGCCAGUACAACAAUAGAUUUCUGCAUGCAGUUGAGCAAACUUCCAGUAAAAUCCUUCAGCCGCAAACCGUUACCGUUCAGCAGUUCUAGAAUGCUGAAUGAACUGUGCAUGGCAGAGAUUGAAGUGAGGGGGAAAUUGUUGACUGUAGCCACAAGCCAUUUUUUGAACCCCUGCCCUGGCCCUCCUACAUGGGAUCAAAUGCACAGUGAGGAACGUAUAGCUCAGGCAAAGGAGGCUGUUAACCUUCUUAAGAAAUUUCCAAAUGUGGUCUUUUGUGGUGACAUGAAUUGGGAUGAAAAAUUGGAUGGAAGGUUUCCUUCACCUGAUGGAUGGAUUGAUGCCUGGGCAGAAUUAAGGCCCGGUGAAAAUGGAUGGACAUAUGAUACUGUGUCCAAUCCAAUGUUGUUUUAUAACCGGCCUUUGCAAAAGCGGCUAGAUAGAUUUAUUUGCAAUCUAUGUGAUUUCAAAUUAAGUGCAAUCAACAUGAUAGGAGUGGAGGCUAUACCAGGAGUGUCAUAUAUGAGGGAGAAGAAGGUAAGAAAAAGGGUCCGAAAGUUGGUGCGUCAAGUAUUGCCUAGUGAUCAUUAUGGCUUGCUCUUAGGAAUUAAUAUCCAGUAAAUUAUUGGCUUGGCAUUGUAACACUUUUAAAAGCUAGGUGUUUGAGUGUUUCCAUUGCCCCUCCAAAAAAGAAAGAGAGAUGCUAGGUGUGUCAUUACUACUGUGUCCACCAUCCUGCAAACUCUUGUAUUAUAUUGAUGUGUACAGCUUCUAUAAUCCUGUGAUGCUCCUGUAAUGUUGUAUGAAGUUUCUGUAUUACUUCAAAAAAAGUUUGGUUUUGUAUUGGAAGGCUUAUGAAGUUUAGAAGUUUAUGCUGGUGUACUGUCAUGUUGGCAUGGGAAAUGAUUGUUACAGUGCAACUGUAGUUGUAUUUCUUUUCCUCUUUGUAUUAUCAAUGGUGUUGAAUGCAUGUGUUUUUUUUCUAUGA